UUUUCUGUCAGUGUGCCUGCUUCACUGCUCGGGGCGUGGCCAGUGCGAUCCAAUCACAAAAGAGUGCUUGUGCGACCCUUUCUGGACGGAGAACCUGAUUCGUCGAUACCUCGGCGAUGGAGAGAGCAACUGUGAGUGGAGGGUUCUGUACGUGGUCCUCACCAGCUUCCUGCUCAUGGUGUUCAUCCUGUCCGUCAGCUGGACCUUCAUCUGCUGCUUCAAGAGGAGGAGGCAGACCAAAGUGAGGAGGAAAACCAAAUACACCAUCCUGGACAACAUGGACGAGCAGGAGAGGGUGGAGCUCCGACCCAAAUUCAGUAUCAAACAUCGCAGCACCGAGCACAACUCCAGCCUGAUGAUGUCCGAGUCGGAGCUCGACAGCGACCAGGACACCAUCUUCAGCCGGGACCGACCCGUCCGCAGCAGGAACCGGCUCAGCGCUCAGGGCGCACGCAACGGAAACGCCUUCGGCUGACGGGGACGGGCGACUUCACGGGGAGAGAAAAGACAGAAAAGAAGAGAGGUCUCGGUUGGUUUUGCACUCUGGGCGACUCCGUGUGGCAUUUAGAGAUUUUUAUUCCUAGCACUAUGAAGGACUUCAUUACCCAGAAAUCCUUGCCUGUGAGGUCAAGCUCCUUCAAAAGGACGUGAGGAGUCACUGCCUUGAGGACAAUCCUGCGUAUCCGGGUUGGAUUAUGUGUGAUUUAACGUUAACGUGUGUGGGGGGAAAUUCAAACGAACUGAUGUUUCUCUUUAAGACCUGAAAUGAAGAAUCUAAAGGAGGAGCAGACAUUCAGCAGAAUAAGACACUUGCUUCUGUGAGUCCAGCACACAGAGCGGUGUCAGGGUCUGUUAGCCUAGCUUAGCUCCAACACUGGAAACAGGGGGGAAACUGCUAGCUUAGCUUAGCUUAGCAUAAACAAAUCCUCUUUCAACAAUUUUUAGCUUCGUCUGAAUUACGUGCAUCAUAUCAGCUUAUUCUAAUUCAGUGAGGAGGUUCCUGGUUUGAAUCCCCGUCCUUCAGGAGCCUCUCUGUGAGGAGGUUCCUGGUUUGAAU